ACGUCUGGAACGUUGGAAUUUGAAUUCGCGACGUAACGUACAGACAGAAACACGUUUCAGCGUGUCACUUCGUUGUACAGAUUUAUCCCAAUCGAGUUAAUUGGUACUGUGAUAAUUGUUCAAGUAAUAGAAGAUGAGUUGUGAUAAUAAAAGUGGUGAUAAGAAGACGUGGACGGAGAGUGAACGCCUUGCCCUUGCUGCGCAAUUGGAUGCCGAAUUAGAUGAGUACAUAAAUGGGUUAGAGAAAAGGUCUUAUGCGGAAGGAUGGCCUGAAGAUCGCUGGGAAGAAGAAAUGGAUAAACAUCCGUUUUUUAUGAAAGAAUCUCCAAAUCCUGGGGAAGAAUUAUCGCCCCUUAUGGAAGGAUUACAGAAACUUAAGUAUGACGAGAGCGAAAAUACUCCUGAAGAAUUAGCUAAUAAUUACAAAGACGACGGGAAUUUUAAUUUUAAACACAAGAAGUAUAGACUAGCUAUUUUGGCUUAUACGGAAGGGUUAAAAACAAAAAGCAAAGACAAUGAAUUAAUGGCGCAACUUUACAAUAAUCGAGCAGCGGCACAUUUCAUGCUACAAAAUUACUGGUCGAGCUUGAACGACAAUAAACGUAGUUUAAAACUGAAGCCAAAAUAUCCUAAAGUACAAACAAGACUGGCUUUAUGUUGCUUAAAAAUUAAAGACUACAAUCAAUGCAUAAGUGUAUGCGAUGAGUUUCUCCAAGAGUUUCCGACUGAUAAAGAAGUUUUAAAACUUAGAGAAGAAGCGGUUGCUGCAAAGAAAAGGUCAGAACGAGAUACGAGAAGGCAACAAAUCGCUGAAAAGAAAAAGAACCAAGCUAAAGAAAAAUUGAUCGAAGUACUCAAAGCAAGAAAUGUAAAUUUGGAAUUACCAGAAAAGGGUAAUAUAAAUUUAACCGAUUUAGAGCCAAGAGUACCGCAACUGGCAGAUUUUAUGGUGCACCUGAACGAAGAGAAUAAACUUAUCUGGCCCGUUCUAAUUAAGUACCCAGAAUCACUCCAAACUGAUUUUAUUCAAAACUUUCAUGAAGAUGAAACUUUAACAAACCAUCUCGAAAUGCUGUUUGAAGAGCCUCCCGAAUGGGACACGAAGAGACAAUAUAUUUCUAGUAAUGUCAACGUUUACUACGAAGGGAAAGACAAAAGUAGUAUUUAUAAAGUUGACACUCUUAAAACAUUGGGCAGUAUUUUAUCACACAAAAGCUUCGUCAUAAGAGGAGGAACUCCAACUUUCCUGAUUUUGGUGGCCUUGAGUGAAGCGGAGAAGAAAUUUUUAUCCAACUAUCGAUACAUUCUAAAUAAAUGAUUGUAAAAUUAAAAGAAUAAUACUAUUGUAAAGUGCGUAAAGUCAAAGGGAAAUUUGACACUCUGAGAAUUUACACUUGCACAGAAUUCUAUAAUAAUCCAGAAUUCUUUAUGCGAAUAAUUAAAAAUUGAAAACCCAUUACAUUCCAUUUCCUUGAAAUGUUCCUCGCUUCAAGGACAUUUCUCCCCGUAAUGUCCAAGAAUACGAUCCACACUUUCUAUUUCUGACAACGAGGAAACGAUAGUUUUUGCUUUCCCUUUUUCUUUUUUAUUAAAGAGAGAAACCGCAUUAAUUUCGCCAUUUUCAGAUGAGUUCAUUGCUCCAUUACAUAUUACCGUAAACAUUUAAUUAGGCAAUUUGCAGAGCAGAAUCUCAUAAUCGAAUUAUUUAUAGACCAUUCCAUGAUCAUAUAAUAAAUAUGCUGGAUCGAAUUCUGUGAAGGCCAUUACCGCAGCGUAUUUAAAACAGUAUAUAAUUUAAUUUAAUUUAGUGCGUAAUAAUACAUUUAUCGUCUCUAUUUAUGGUAAAAUAAUGGCGCCUGUAUAAAACAGGACUUAUAUGUUUAUGGUAAACAUUUAAUGUCCAUUAUUUACACCACCUUGUAUUUAUGUGGUGCUCGUAACAUCCGCUCGCAUGGCCAAUAAUUUAAUGUAAAUUAAUUAAUUACCGUCUUAACAUUGUCAAAAUAGACCUGGCGUUCAAUUGUAAUUAUACCUGAAAA